UACUGACUCGCCAGUGGCUGCAGCAGUCAGUCCUGGGGUUGUAGUUUGGUAUAUUGCAUGUACAUGAACAGUUCUUCACUCAGAAGCGAGCGCGCGGGGAAUAAGGCGAGGAACAGACGGAGGGAUCUUUCAAACUAAACCAAACACGCGCUCGCAGUAUCGAGAGACUCCCGGCGAACUCGGUGUUGUGGAGAGCGCUCGUGGGGGUCGGAUCGGCGGGAAUGGCUUCGUCUCCGUGCGGCGGUGGGAACUUUGACUGCGGGCUGGAGAUCCAAACUCGCUCGGUGGAGCAAACACUCAUCCCGCUCGUGUCUCAGAUUACCACACUGAUCAAUCACAAAGACAAGCUCAAGAAGACGGAGAAGACCUUACGGGCCAUCCAGAGAGGCAGGCGGCCGGUCAGUGUUGCAGUUGGCCGCUUCAGGCGUGUGGGUGAAGCCAUUGCAGCAGAGAAUGAAGACUUUAAGGACCAGAUGGGACUGGCUUGCUUUGAGGUCCGGAGAGCAGGUUACUGGAUUGAUGUGUCCUGUCUGGAGCAGUGUGAGGCGAUGGGCGCAUCAGGGUUUAGUGACAGGACCUGCAUGGUGAAAGCUACUCGCAUGCUGCUCUCCUCUGUUACCAAAGUCCUGGUGCUCGCAGACUGCAUCGUUAUCAAACAGAUCAUAAGCUCCCGCAACAAAGCAAUGUAUUUGCUGCUGGUUACCCUGGAGCAGCUGGAGAAGUCAGCACUUUUCAGGUGUCAAAUCUUCAGCCAAUUUGGGAGCAGAGAUGGUAAGUUUGCCCAUCACAGAGACAGACAAGUCCAGUGCCAGAGUUCUGCCAUUUCGUCAGGAUCCACAGAGGAUGAAAAGAAAAGAGCUCGGAUGGCCGCCGCCGUGUGCUGUGCUGGAGAAUGCACCAUGAUGCUCCUCUUUGCCUCUCAGACUUGUCUGGAGACAUCCAGACUCUGUGAGUUGCGGAUCAACAAAGAAGCAGUCUUCCAGCAGCGUAACCAUCUGGCCCUGGAGCAAGUCAUUGGGAUUGUGGCUGGCACAGGGAGGCGUGGAAUUAGAGACUCUCUGUACUGUGUGUCCUCUGUGAGGCUGCUUGGGGCUCAGCUGGAAGCUCUGGUGGAAAACCAAGAGACUUACAGACUCUCUGCCUACACCAGCCAUAGGCAGAGAAGAGAGACAAUCAUGCAGCUCUGCCCAGAUCCCACACGUCAGAGACAAACAGCUCAUCAGCGGCACACAUGGGAACCACGCGGUAAGAGGACACACGCUCAAUCGCUUAAAGCCAAAGAGGCCACGGGCGAGGUGGAGCUCUCUAUUUUGAAGACUUGUCAGAGUGUCAGCGAUCUCAGGCGAGAGCUUCAUAGGGUGGCGGUGGGAAGGGCCACUGAGCUGCUGAAGCUGCAUUCAGAUCAUCUGGUGCUGCAGGCCCCUGAGGCCUCCGGUGAGGAUGGAAACCUGGAGGCUGUGGCUGAUUAUGCGGCAACUGAUUCUGAACACAAAGAGCAACUGGUGGAGACUUGCCGUUUGCUCUGCCACAUUUCACCAGGACUGAGCACUGGAAUCACCUGCGUUCAUGGAGAAACUUUCCGUGUCAUUGGUCCUCAGCAACAGACCACUGCUCUGCACCCCACCAGCAAGAUUGCCAAGAAAACCUGGAUGUGUUUUUGCAGAGGCCAAGGGUCCCAGCUGUGCGACAUGGCCAUCCUACUGAAGGAGAUCAAUGAUGUGUUUGAGGCCGCAGAGAGGGUGCGUGAUAAGAAAACAUAUCUGUCUCUACCCAGACCAGGGAAACACUCUGCCAACCUGAAAUGACAUAUCCUUGUGGCGUGAUCUGUUCAGGAGCAAACCACCAUCGCCAAGCUUGGGCUGGAACUGUGUCUCCUCACUUCAGAUGUGGACUCAGAGGUGGAGCGCUGGGGCGAGCAGGACCGCGACAUGGAUUGUUUGUGUCAGAUCAUAUCCAGCAUGGCUUAUUCCAUGUACCUCUUCACCAGGGGAGGGGAAGGCCUACUGAAGACAACUUUGGAUCUAUUCCACCAAGCCCGAGUGUUGUCAGACCAAGGUCUCAGCUGUGCCACAUCCUCCACUCUCUCUCUGCUGGAUGAAGACAGAAUCCUUAUUCUGUCUGAGACCGAGAAGCUGUCAGCCGCAUGUCAACAGCUGCAGGUCUGUGCCAAGACUCCGGUUCAGGGCAAGAGCGCCAUCUUUCAGAAGGUAAUCCAGUCGACUCAUCCCAUACAGAAUACCAAAGGCAUUUUGACAGUGGUGGUAUAUUUACUGCCCAUCUGUAAUAAGCUCAUCAGAAGGUAGGUAGCAACGCGCAGCUGUCUGGCUUCACCUCAGCACUGGAGGGAGAAGCAGCUGUGGUGUACGACCGUCAGCGAGGAAAAUCUGAGCAGCAAAGGCUCCAGCGGCCGCCAGGUCAAAUCCUGGCAACACAUGGCCAAUCUAACAUUCCUGGAGAGCAAAUAA